GCGUCGGUGCACCUGUCGGACUCCGGUUUCCAGCUGCUUUUCUUCCCCUUCCGUGGGUCCGGGUGGGUCUGGUCCGGAACCUACAGCUUCUUUUUCGUAGUCCAAGUUCGCCCGCUGCCGGAAUUGGGCUGCGUGAUGAGGAAGAAGGGUGUGGUGGGUUGAAAGCCGUUCUACUUCAUUCCCUAGUUAGAGCAUGGAUCAGUUUUAGUCUUUUAAGAAGGAAGUGAGGUUGGAGAUUUUUAUUUUCCAUUUUGAGUAGAAGCAGGUUGACUCUAGGGCCCAACAGAAGCGGAUUUAAUGCUGCUCUUGUGUUUGAAGGAGGACCAAAAAAGUGCCACCGGGCAAAAUUCCGUAACCUCUAGAGUAGAAAACCCCAGGUGUCUUUUAAAUUGCGAUCGUUUCCGUUGUGUGUCAAGCUUCUUCUGGUAGAGUUCCCAGGGUAGGUAGGUUUUAGGUUUGAAACAGAUGCAGAAUCCAAAGGCAGCGCAGAAAACAGCCACCGAUUUUGCUAUGCCUCUGAGCUGCAAGAUAACCAGACAGCUCAAUGGAGUCUGAGCAGCUGUUCCAUAGAGGUUACUAUAGAAACAGCUACAACAGUAUAACAAGUGCAAGUAGUGAUGAGGAACUUUUAGAUGGAGCAGGCGUUAUUAUGGACUUUCAAACUUCUGAAGACGACAAUUUGUUAGACGGUGACACAGUAGUUGGAACUCAUUAUACAAUGACAAAUGGAGGCAGCAUUAACAGUUCUACACACUUACUGGAUCUUUUGGAUGAACCAAUUCCAGGUGUCGGUACAUAUGAUGAUUUCCAUACUAUUGAUUGGGUGCGAGAGAAAUGUAAAGACAGAGAAAGGCAUAGACGGAUCAACAGCAAAAAGAAAGAAUCAGCAUGGGAAAUGACCAAAAGUUUGUAUGAUGCGUGGUCAGGAUGGCUAGUAGUAACACUGACAGGAUUGGCAUCAGGGGCAUUAGCUGGGUUAAUAGACAUCGCUGCCGAUUGGAUGACUGACCUGAAGGAAGGCAUUUGCCUUAGUGCUCUGUGGUACAACCAUGAACAGUGCUGCUGGGGGUCUGAUGAAACUACAUUUGAAGAGAGGGAUAAAUGUCCACAGUGGAAAACAUGGGCAGAAUUAAUUAUAGGUCAAGCAGAGGGUCCUGGUUCUUACAUCAUGAAUUAUAUAUUGUACAUCUUCUGGGCGUUGAGUUUUGCCUUUCUCGCCGUUUCUCUGGUAAAGGUGUUUGCUCCAUACGCCUGUGGCUCUGGAAUUCCAGAGAUUAAAACUAUUUUGAGUGGAUUCAUCAUCAGAGGUUACUUGGGAAAAUGGACUUUAAUGAUUAAAACCAUCACAUUAGUACUGGCUGUGGCAUCAGGUUUGAGUUUAGGAAAAGAAGGUCCCCUGGUACAUGUUGCCUGUUGCUGUGGAAAUAUCUUUUCCUACCUCUUUCCAAAGUAUAGCACAAACGAAGCUAAAAAAAGGGAGGUACUAUCAGCUGCCUCAGCUGCAGGUGUUUCUGUAGCUUUUGGUGCACCGAUCGGAGGAGUUCUUUUUAGCCUGGAAGAGGUUAGCUAUUAUUUUCCUCUUAAAACUUUAUGGAGAUCAUUUUUUGCUGCUUUAGUGGCUGCAUUUGUUUUGAGAUCCAUUAAUCCAUUUGGUAAUAGCCGUCUGGUCCUUUUUUACGUGGAGUAUCAUACACCAUGGUACCUUUUCGAACUGUUCCCUUUUAUUCUCCUCGGGGUAUUUGGAGGGCUUUGGGGAGCCUUUUUCAUUAGGGCAAAUAUUGCUUGGUGUCGUCGACGCAAAUCCACCAAAUUUGGAAAGUAUCCCGUUCUUGAAGUCAUCAUUGUUGCGGCCAUUACUGCUGUGAUAGCCUUCCCGAAUCCCUAUACUAGGCUCAACACCAGUGAACUGAUUAAAGAGCUUUUUACAGACUGUGGUCCCCUGGAGUCCUCUUCUCUCUGUGACUACAGAAAUGACAUGAAUGCCAGUAAGAUUGUCGAUGACAUUCCUGAUCGUCCAGCAGGCCUUGGAGUGUAUUCAGCUAUCUGGCAGUUGUGCUUAGCACUCAUAUUUAAAAUCAUAAUGACAGUAUUCACUUUCGGUAUCAAGGUUCCCUCGGGCUUGUUCAUCCCCAGCAUGGCCAUUGGAGCGAUUGCAGGAAGGAUUGUGGGGAUUGCGGUGGAGCAGCUUGCGUAUUACCACCACGACUGGUUUAUCUUUAAGGAGUGGUGUGAGGUUGGAGCUGACUGCAUUACCCCCGGCCUUUAUGCCAUGGUCGGUGCUGCUGCGUGCUUAGGUGGCGUGACAAGGAUGACUGUCUCCCUGGUGGUUAUUGUUUUUGAGCUUACUGGAGGCCUGGAAUAUAUCGUUCCCCUUAUGGCUGCAGUGAUGACCAGUAAAUGGGUUGGAGAUGCCUUUGGAAGGGAAGGCAUUUAUGAGGCGCACAUCCGGUUAAAUGGAUACCCUUUCUUGGAUGCAAAAGAAGAAUUCACUCAUACCACCCUGGCUGCUGAUGUCAUGAGACCUCGAAGGAAUGAUCCUCCCUUAGCUGUCCUGACGCAGGACAAUAUGACGGUGGAUGAUAUAGAAAACAUGAUUAAUGAAACCAGCUACAAUGGCUUUCCUGUUAUAAUGUCAAAAGAAUCUCAGAGAUUGGUGGGAUUUGCCCUCAGAAGAGACCUGACAAUUGCAAUAGAAAGUGCCAGGAAAAAGCAAGAAGGGAUCGUGGGCAGUUCCCGUGUGUGUUUUGCACAGCACACCCCGUCUCUUCCCGCGGAAAGCCCUCGGCCCUUGAAGCUGCGGAGUAUUCUUGACAUGAGCCCUUUCACAGUGACCGAUCACACCCCGAUGGAGAUCGUGGUGGAUAUUUUCCGGAAGCUGGGCCUGAGGCAGUGCCUCGUCACUCACAAUGGGAUUGUCUUGGGGAUCAUCACAAAGAAGAACAUAUUAGAGCAUCUCGAGCAACUAAAGCAGCACGUCGAACCCUUGGCGCCUCCUUGGCAUUAUAACAAAAAAAGAUAUCCUCCGUCAUAUGGCCCAGACGGCAAACCAAGACCCCGCUUCCGUAAUGUUCAACUGAGUCCCGUAGAUGAGGAGAGAGAGGAGGCAGAAGAGGAAGUUCGUUUGUUGAAUAGCACAACUCUGUAACCCGAGGGAGGCGUCUACUUAUUUUUCUCCUUUAAAAAAAAAAAGAAAAAGAAAAAAAUAUAAAAGCCAGGUUUUUGCAACAUGGUUUGCAAAUAAUGCUGGUGGAACGGAGUUGUUGUUGGAGCGGGGAAAGGAGAGAGAAGCGGAUGCGGGCGCCCUUUCCCCCUCUGACUGAGAGCAGCCAGUCAGCUCCUGCUGUUCUGCACUGGAUGUGUUCAGCCGCCGCCGGACAGAUGCAGAUGGACAGACAGACGGAUGGACGCGCGUGAUAGUGCAGGCCUGAGCCUCAGAGGAGAGGGCCCAGAGCACCUGGCCUGCGGCUCCAGCAUCGCCAAGAUGUGUUACCGGUCCCUGUUUCUGGAGGGAUUACUUUGAAUUGAGCCAUCUCUAAGACUGCAAGGUCUUGCCCUUUUUUAAAUCAAAACUGUUCUGUUUAAUUCAUGAAUUGUAUAGUGAAGCAUUUCCUUUCUACAUUCCAGAAGAGCUUUUAUUUCUCUCUCUCUCCCUCUCUCUCUCUGUAACAAAGCCUCUUUAAAUUGGUGUACCCUGUUGAAACAGUCCUUUCUCAUAUUGAGAUGUACUGUGAUUUUACUGAGGUUUCAUUACAAGAAGGGAGUGUUUCUUGUGCCAUUAACCAUGUAGUUUGUACCAUCACUAAACGCUGUGAGCAGCACACAGGCUGAGCAAACAGGUAAAGUCUCGAAGUGUGUGUGCUAUGUGCGUCAGACUCAACAGUGAAACUUGACUCAUAAGGAUAAACAGUUUUCUUUUUGUUUGUUUUUUUCCUCUCAGACUUUAUGGAUAAUGUUACCUUGUCUUAUGCAUAUUUUCUAUUUCUAAAACUACUAUGAUAUACAAGUACUGUUCAGCAUAAGGAAACACAAUGCUGAUGCUUUGACAGUCAAAAGAAGGAAGUAUUCUGUUUAGCUGUACCUGGUAUUAAUUGCAUGUUUAAACACUGGAAUUCUUUCCCCUGAAAUUAGAUCAGUCAUUUUGUUUUUCCCCCAGUAUAUUUUACUGCUGACACUGAAGAAGAAAUGUAAUUCAUAACUUGCACUAAAUGUAUACUUCUUUUCUUAAAAAUCUACCAUUCUUAAUUUAUAUUUUUAUGGAUUAAAGUUUAUAAAAUACAGAUCAGUUAAUAUCUCACUUAAAUAAUUUUACCUUUUUAAUGUGAUUUUUAUAGACUAAUUCAGAUUUAAAAAUAAUGGAGAUAUGAACAAAGUUUACAGUGGGAAUAGGGGUGAAAGAGGUCGUGGUUAUUUCUCUGAUUCAAUGUGUCCAUAAACCUGUUUCUGAUCUUUCACUGCCAUCCCCUGGAUUAUGUCUUCUGACCUGUCCAUUUUGACUCAUUAACCGGAAAGUUGAAACACUACAAAUCACUUUGCAGAUUAAAAACAAAUGUUAAACAGUGUUAACCUUUUUUAAAAAAUCAAAUGAAAACAGUAAAAUUGCAAAGGCAGCAGGUAAAAUUUUAAUCUGAACAUAACCUUUGAAAUCUUUGGGUGUGUCACAUCCGUAAGUGCUCAAUGAUGUUUUGACUCUUCAUAGUACACAUUUUUUUCAGGAUGAGUUUAAAAUGUACUGGGGUUGGUUUGGGAUUUUUGUUUUUGGAAAUGUCUGUCUUAAUCAUGGUCUUCAUUCUAGCAAAGGCAGUUACCUUGAAGGACUGGCCUCAGUGUUCUGUGAUUAUGUAUUUUUGGUAGAAAAAUGAAUUUUUGCAGACAUUUUCUGAAACACAACUGGCAAUGAGCCAUUUUUACAUUUUGGAAGUGUUUCUUCACUUCAUAGUUCUUAAUAUGUCUGUAAGAUCUGUAAGAUCACACAGAUCUGUAGGAUCUUAAAGAUUUAUAAGAUCAUGAAGCCAUAUUAGAAUGACAAUUGAUAAUUGCAAAAUUCUAGGAAUUUCACCAUGAAACAUCUUAAGUUUUGCUAUCUGCCUAAAAUUAGUAUUUUGUCCUAGUUACUUUCCCCCUUUUGCAGAUUUCACAUUUUCUUAAUGGCCCCUUCAAAGUUUAUUUGGCCACUCAGUGAAAUCAUUUCUAAAUAAUGGUUCUGUAUAUCUUAUCUCCAGCUUGUGUUAAGUGUAUUUCAGUUGUACAAAUACACUGCUAGAGUAUGAAUUCCUCAGCACUGGCUAAUUAGUAAAUCGCUUGUCCUUAGUUACAAGCCUUCAAAGAGAAACGGGUUUCUUUGCAGAUAGAUUCAUAACAUUAAACUUCACAUUGACUUCAUUUUUCAUGUUUCCUUUUCGAUUUCAGGUCCUCCUUUCAUUGCCCAUCCUGCCCCAGAGACAGACAUUUCAGGGUGGAUAUUCAAGGUGGAUAUUAAUUUUCUUCUUGGUAUAUUUCUAUCCCUGAUGUGUCUUACUGCUGAAAUAACAGGAAAAGUGCCGUAUUUUUAUGCACUCAGUGGUUUUCUUUGGUAUUACUACUAUCUGUUCCACUUUUCUUUUUGAUAGGUUGAGGUGUGUCUGCUUUCUAGCCAAACUGUGCAAUAGUGGAGACCAUGAAACAUACGUGCCUGGCGAACUGGACGAUUAAUUUACCCAUUUAAUAAGUGGAGCACCUUAUUCGAGUACCCUUUUUGAGAAGGCAUGAUGGGAAUGGGCAAGGGUGUCAGCAUCUCUUAUCAGUAAUUGCCUUUUUCAGUUUUGAUUCAUGAAGAAUGCUUAGUGUGUUAAUCUGUGAUGUUGCCUAGAGCUGUAUUUAUCUGUUUUUAUUUAUACUAGUGUAGUAAAGCUGCAUAUCAUUACAGUAAAAAUGAUUACUGUGAUGAGUUAAUCAGAAUAUCUAUUAAAAUCUAUAUGACAAUG